GUCAUGAGAGUGUUUUGAGGUUACUUUGUUAAGACUUUUUGAGACUUUUGUGAAUAUUUCGUUCUUGCCCAUAUAAUAGAGCAAAGAACUGACGUUGGGGUAUUUCACUGUAGCUCUUCCAGAGUUUUCCUCUUUUUCAGGCCAAUAUGUCUGCAGAUAAACCGAAGGUAUACCAGGGUGUGCGUGUGAAGACCACCGUUAAGGAGUUACUGCAGAAGCACAGAGCCCUGCAGGCACAGAAAACCGCAACGAAAUCACAAGCCAUGGCUGAUCGCGAUGUCUGCUCUACGACCAUGAAUGCCCACCUUGAUGUCUUCUCUGGAAUGCAAGCUCAAGAGCCCUAUAUUCAAAGUCGUCCCUUUACCGACAAUGCCAACAUCCAGAUUGAGAAUGUUUAUGACCAUCAACAGAUGAUGCACAUGAUGCCAUCUGAGACUUUCAGCGACAGUAAUUUCGUGUGCCCCACUUCUUCGCAGUGGUCUAAUGGAUAUCUACCUUCCAAUACGGACAUAUACGGGACAAGCCUGGUAUCGAGAAUACCCUCAGACCCCUUCAAUCUCCCCAGUCCAGUCGAUUACAACAGUUAUUCUCCCCCUCAGUCCCACUCUUCAUCUUCCUCGUGCUACAGCUCCCCAACACGGAUGGAUCUGAGCUCUAGUUUCUCUCCAGAAAGCUACCACUAUCAGCACUGCAACCUCCAGCAUUGCUUUUGCCUUUCGCACUGCUCCGAUGUGCAGGAAGGCAUGGCCACUUCAGAGUAUGCGCCCUACGGCUCUUCAGACUGUUUGUUUUCAUACAGCGACGACAGUUAUUUCAGGAGGGAUAUCUUAAACCCAGAGAUGUGCUACUUAUAAAAUGCAUUUUUCCAAGCACUUUGCGAGAGAAUUCAGUGUCAUAAUUGAUUGAUUUUUCAAUGCAUUUGUUGUAUUAUUUUUGUUUUUGUGUCAAAGAAAAACCAAUGAUAGAAUGCAUGAUUGAGCUUAGAUUUUGAGCAGCAAGGUUGAUUGCAGAGAGCAAAAAGAUGUGUGAGUAUAAUUUACAAAUUAAUCAUUUAUGUUUUGUACAAUAAACAUAUUUUUUCGUAA